CGCGGCGGCGGCUGCUGUGGCUGCUUCUGCUACUGCGGGUCCUGCUUCUUCUGCCGCCGCCGCUCGACCUCCUGCAGCUGCAUCCUCGGCCUGGGCCGGGUCCCGCCCCGCGCCGCGCCCGGCCCCGCCAUGGUGUCCUGGAUCAUCUCUCGCCUGGUGGUGCUCAUCUUUGGCACCCUGUACCCCGCUUAUUCUUCCUACAAGGCCGUGAAGACAAAAAACGUGAAGGAAUAUGUGAAAUGGAUGAUGUACUGGAUCGUGUUUGCCUUCUUCACCACAGCCGAGACUCUCACGGAUAUAGUGCUCUCCUGGUUCCCCUUCUACUUUGAGCUCAAGAUUGCCUUUGUGAUAUGGCUGCUGUCCCCUUACACCAAGGGCUCCAGUGUGCUCUACCGCAAGUUUGUGCACCCAACACUGUCCAACAAGGAGAAGGAGAUCGAUGAGUACAUCACGCAGGCCCGAGACAAGAGCUAUGAGACCAUGAUGAGGGUGGGCAAGCGGGGCCUGAACCUGGCCGCCAAUGCCGCAGUCACAGCUGCUGCCAAGGGCCAGGGGGUGCUGUCAGAGAAGCUCCGAAGCUUUAGCAUGCAGGACCUGACGCUGAUCCGGGACGAGGAUGCGCUGCCCCUGCAGGGGCCUGAUGGCCGCCUCCGAUCCAGCCCUGGCAGCCUCCUGGACACCAUUGAGGACUUAGGAGAUGACCCCGCCCUGAGUUUAAGGUCUAGCACAAACCAGGCAGAUCCCCGGACAGAAACCUCUGAGGAGGACAUGGGAGACAAAGCCCCCAAGAGGGUCAAAUCCAUCAAGAAAGUGCCCAGAGCUGAGCCGCUGGCUUCCAAGACUCUGAAGGUCCGGCCCAAGAAGAAGACCUCAGGCGGGGGCGACUCAGCAUGAGGUCCUCCAUCCCACACGCUGCAGAGCUAGGAGGACACCUCAGGAAGGGCCGCAGCCCAGCCCCCGCCCCACACUGUGCCCACACAGCCCAGGGGUCUUGGGCCCCUGAGGACGCUCAGAUGGCCAUUUCCAGUGCCUGCCCAGUGGCAACUCCUCUGGAAGGCGCUUGGAAAAGAGGAGGGGGCCCAGCUGUGGGGUUGAGGGUAGAGGCUGGACCAGGGGCUGUGAGGACUGAGCCACCCGAGGAGGCAGGGGCUCCUCAGCCUGCACCGCUCUUCUCCCUGCACCAGCCCUGUCCCCACCCACGCAGUGCCUUCUCUAAGGUCCAAACAUGCCCCCACUGCUUACCCUGCGUUUGGGGGUGGCAGUUACAGCCCAGAUGGACCAAGGAUGGGCCUGAAGGCCCCUGGCAGAGGGGGUGCAAAUGGGGAAGCUGGUCAGGGGCCUCCAGGCUACAGCUGUGAUGAGGAUAGGGGGGUCAGCAUGUGUUUCCACGACCAGGGUUGCCAGGCCAGUGUUGCAGUUAAAGGCUCUUUUCCUGGGCGUUGGGUAGGGCUGGGUGCUGCAUGUCCCCACUAAAAAGAGGCAAGGGUUCCAGGGGUGUGUGUGUGUGUGUGUGUAUCUUUCUGGGUCUAGGGCUGGGGGGAGCUUGGGUAAAGGACUCUCUCCAGUAGUCACCUCCUACCACCCUCAGCCCCACAGCCAGCUGGGUUUUCCCCCUCUCGACCUCCCUCCUAGUCUCUGAGUACAAAGGACUCUAAUCCACGAGAGAAAGGAGCUCUGAGGGUCUCUCACCUCCUCCUCUGCCCUUGACCCCUUUCAUCUCAUCCCAUUCCUGACUUAUCUGGGCCAGACUCCUCCACUCCUCGGAGCCUACUGUAGAGGCCCUUGCUGAGCUGGCUCCUUUCCUGUUCACUGGGGGACCCAUCCUCCCUUGCCCCAGGGUCCCCUUCCUGUGCCAAGCAGACUGGGCCCUAUGUGAUCAGAGCCCAGCCUCCGCCCCACAGCCUGCCCCAGCUCCCGCCAUGGCUUCAGUCAGGGCCAGGAGGAACAUGUGAAGAAGGAGGAGAAAUGCAAGAGCCGAGGGGCUCCCGAUUCCUUGCAAAGAGGGUGCCCGUUGGACCUGUGGCACUGGAUGAGCCAAUAAACCAAACUCUGACACCUCGGUUA